CUAUUUAAGAGGCUGAGAACCAUUAUUUAUCCCUCAAGAGCACAGAGAUGGAUAUUUGCUUAGAAAUGCUAAUCUCAUACUUGUUCUUGUUUUUGGCUUUCACCGUAGACCUUAGAGAAGCCCAAAAUGGGUGUGAUGGAGCUCAUGGCCCUGCCAUCCGAUUUCCUUUCCGACUUAGCAGCCAGCCAGAGCAUUAUGGGUAUCCUGGGUUUAUUCUCUCCUGCACUGAUGCAAAUCAAACGGUGCUCGAGCUGCCGGAUUCAGUUAAGCUCUUUGUGAAAGAGAUUGACUACAUAUCUCAGGUAAUUCAAUUAUAUGAUCCACGUAAUUGCUUCCCAAGGCUGCUUCGGGGACUCGAUUUAUCUUCUUCGCAUUUCCAUUUCAAAGUAGAUUCCCCUUAUGACCUUUACAACUAUACCUUAUUCAAAUAUCGUUCCCCAAUAGAAGAUGGGAAUUACCAGUACAGGACUAUCUCUUGUCUUAGUGGCCCUACCUACCAAGUUUAUGCAAUCGAUGACUAUAAAAGCAUCCUUCAGUUGCCCAUAUCUGGUACAAAGAUGUAUAAUCUUCUAUCAAUUCCAAGUACUUUAUUAAGAGACGACGGUGAUCACUACAAAGUUCUUCAAUUGAGCUGGUGGGAUAUCCCAAUAUGUGGACACUGUGAAGCAAAAGGCAAGGAAUGCAGAUUGAAGAAUAAUAGCUCUAAAUUACAAACCGAAUGCUUCCCCAAAGACUCUAAAGGCGCAUUAUCAAAGUCAGCAAUGGCUGGUGUCAUCUUAGGCUCAUUUCUAUUACCACUAGCUAUCUUUGCUUUGUACCGUCUUUAUACUUAUGAUAAAGUAGAAAAAGAACAUCAAGCAAAGAUCGAAAAGUUUUUGGAAGAUUACAGAAAUUUCAAACCUACAAGAUACUCGUAUGCUGAUAUUAAAAGGAUUACAAAUCAGUUUACUGAGAAGUUAGGUGAAGGAGCAUAUGGAACAGUAUUCAAAGGAAAGCUUUCCAAUGAAAUUCAUGUUGCAGUGAAGAUCCUCAAGAUUUCCCAUGGAAAUGGGGAAGAAUUCAUAAAUGAAGUAGAAACAUUGGGUAUGAUACAUCAUGUUAACGUGGUUCGCUUGGUUGGCUUGUGUGCUGAUGGAUUUAGACGAGCUUUAGUUUAUGAGUUCUUACCAAAUGAUUCACUAGAGAAGUUCAUAUCUUCAACGGACACCAAGAAAUGUAUCCUUAAUUGGGAUAAGCUACAUGAUAUUGCUCUUGGCAUAGCAAAAGGAAUUGAGUAUCUUCACCAAGGAUGCGGCCAACGAAUCCUCCAUUUCGAUAUCAAACCUCAUAAUGUUUUGCUAGACCAAAACUUUAAUCCAAAAAUUUCUGAUUUUGGUCUUGCUAAGUUGUGUUCAAAGGAUCAAAGUGCAGUGUCCAUGACCACAGCCAGGGGAACUAUGGGUUACAUUGCACCCGAAGUGUUCUCUAGAAAUUUUGGGAAUGUGUCUUCUAAAGCAGAUGUUUACAGCUUUGGAAUAUUGUUACUUGAAAUGGUUGAAGGAAGGAAAAAUGGUGGCGUUACGGUUGAGAACACUGGUCAAGUCUACUUUCCAGAGUGGAUCUACAAUAUUUUAGAACAAAAAGAAGAUAUACGAAUCUUUAUUGAUGAUGAUGGAGAUGCUAAAAUUGCAAAGAAACUUGCAAUUAUUGGACUCUGGUGCAUCCAAUGGCACCCAGUGGAUCGUCCUUCUAUGAAAGAUGCAGUUCAAAUGUUAGAAGGAGAAGAAGAUAAAUUAACUAUGCCUCUCAAUCCCUUUGCCUCUGCAGGUCCCGUACAAAUUAAUGCAAAUAUACCUAUAAAACGUCUAAACCAUGAGUUGGAGAUCAUCCCAGAAUGAGAAUAGUUGUAUAUAAAUUGGGCGUUUGUGAUAACAAAUGAGGUUGCAUUGAUCUUGUACUCUUAAUUAGAAGUUAUUAAUCUUGUAGACUUGUAGUCAAUGUAGCGACUUCAAGUUUUUUCUUGUAUCAAUGUACUAGUAAUUUGGAGAUUAUAAAAAUGUACGUACCUGGUAAAUCUUCUUCUU